UGUUAUUUUUGGUGCGUUCGCGUUUGCAUUGUUGACAUUGGCAAAAAUAGGAAAAAUUAAAAAAAAAAAUUGCCAUGGCCGGCAUGGCUGUGAUUGUCUUGGAUAAUGGCGCGUAUACAGCCAAGGUGGGACUCGCCACACAGGACGAGCCCCAGGUGGUGCCCAAUUGCAUCAUGAAGGCGAAGAGCGAAAGGCGUCGGGCAUUUGUGGGAAACCAAAUCGACGAAUGCCGCGACACCUCAGCCCUAUUCUACAUCCUGGCCUUCCAGCGUGGCUACCUUCUUAAUUGGGACACUCAGAAGACCGUGUGGGACUACAUCUUCAGCAAGGAGGGCAUUGGCUGUACCCUGGAAAAUCGUAACAUUGUCAUCACCGAACCCCAAAUGAAUUUCCAGAGCGUCCAGGAGGCAAUGCUCGAGAUGCUCUUCGAGGAGUAUCGCGUGGCCGGGAUGUACAAGACAACUGCCGCGGACUUGGCUGCGUUUAACUAUGUAACAGAUAGCGAGGAGCGGACCACAAUGCAAUCGCUGAACUGCAUCAUCAUUGAUGUUGGCUACAGCUUUACGCACAUUGUGCCCUUUGUGCUGGGCCGACGUGUCCUGGAGGCGAUCCGGCGCAUUGAUGUCGGCGGCAAAGCGCUAACGAAUCAUCUCAAGGAGCUCAUCUCGUAUCGUCAUCUGAAUGUUAUGGAUGAGAGCCAUGUGGUGAACCAAAUCAAGGAGGAUGUUUGCUUUGUUGCCGAGGACUUUAAGGACGCGAUGAGCGUACAUCAUUGUGAGAAGCGUCGCAAAGAGAUCGCCGUAGAAUAUGUCCUGCCCGAUUUUACGACUGUGAAACGCGGCUACAUCCGUGUGCCGGGACAUCCCCGUCCCGACGAGGAUCAACAGCAAAUGGUGCCACUGUGCAAUGAACGCUUUACUGUGCCAGAGCUGCUCUUCAAUCCCUCGGAUAUUGGCAUUCCACAAGUGGGCAUACCAGAGGCUGUGGCCGAUGCCCUCCGUUCCUGUCCCUGGCAGGCGCAUCGCGAACUUUUACUCAACAUUCUCAUUGUGGGCGGCAGUGCACAGUUUCCCGGUUUCCUGCCACGCCUCAAACGCGAUUUGCGGGCCCUUGUUCCGGACGACCUGGAGGUCUCGCUCAUUUGCCCAGAGGAUCCAGUGCGAUAUGCUUGGCAUGGCGGACGCGAAGUGGCCACCAGUCCAAAUUUCGAUGAAUUCAUCUAUACGCGAGAUGAUUACGAAGAGUUUGGCAUUCAUGGACUGCAGCACCGUUAAGCAUUAAGGCUAACCAAGCACUCACCCACCCACAUCUCCCAUUGAUUAGGUUUAUAGCAAUUAAUUGUACAGCUCAAUAUGUGUCUCUCAUUCAUCGGCAUGCGUGUGUGCCAUGAAAUUAUUGUAUUAUUCACACAAAUCCAUC